AUGACGGUGCUGGGCGCGCUCCGCUCGGCCGGCGGCCCCCGGCUGCAGCUGCCCUGCCUGGCCAAGCUGGAGCGCGCCGUGCUGGCCAUGCAGGACCCGGACAUGGGCGUCAAGCUGCGGCACCAGCGGCUCCUCAUCAGCGCCAUCCCGCACGCCAUGACCGGCAGCGACGUGGUGGAGUGGCUGGGCCAGAAGUACGGCGUGGCCGAGGAGGAGGCCUUGCACCUGGGCCAGCUGCUGGUGAAGCACGGCUACGUCUACCCGCUGAAGGACCCCUGCAGCCUGGCCUUGCGGGCCGAUGAGACGCCCUACAGGUUCCAGACGCCGUAUUUCUGGAUGAGCACCAAGUGGCCCCCCACGGAGCUGGACUAUGCAAUCUACCUGGCGAAGAAGAAUAUCCGCAAGCAAGGGGACCUUCUGGACCACGAAAAGGAAGACUACAGCCAGCUGCACAAGAGGAUCAACCACGCGUGGGACUUUGUGGUCAUGCAGGCCCGAGAGCAGCUGCGGGCAGCCAAGCAGCGCCGGAGAGGGGACCGCAUUGUCAUCGAGUACCAGGAGCAAGCCUACUGGCUGGUGAACAGACCUCUGCCGGGGUCGUCGGAUGUGAUGGAACUGGGGCCGGAAGGAAGGACCCGACACGGGGCUCUUUUGGCCUUUGCUCUCUUCCAGGCGAAGAAUGCCGACUAUUACAAGCAGGAGAUCCGCAUCUGUUGCGCAGCCAUGGGCCGGACCCGGCUCAAGUCUUCCAUCUGCUUGGAAGGGUACAUCAAGUUCAACGACCAGUACAUGCCCCACGACCCCAUCAUGUCCGGCUGCCUGCCCAGCAACCCCUGGAUCACAGACGACACCACCUACUGGGCCAUGAAUGCCGCCGCGGUCUCUGUGCCCACCAAGCUGCGGGUCGAGCGCUGGAGUUUCAGCUUCCAAGAACUGCUGAAUGACCGCCUGGGCCGGGCACAGCUCUUGGAGUUCCUCCAGAAAGAGUUCAGUGCUGAGAACCUGAGCUUCUGGGAGGCGUGUGAGGCCCUGCGCCACGGGGAGCAGGCAUGCAUUGCAGAGAUGGUGGAUUCCAUUUACCAGCAGUUCCUGGCCCCCAGUGCCGUCCGCUGGGUCAACAUUGACAGCAGGACCAUGGAGCGCACUUUGCAGGGCAUCAAGAGCCCCCACCGCCACGUGAUGGACGAUGCUCAAAUGCACAUCUACAUGCUCAUGAAAAAGGACUCCUACCCCCGCUUCCUCAAGUCGGAGGCCUACAAGAACCUGCUGGCGGAGGCCCUGAUCCCCCCGGAGACCAAGAAGCGAGUCUUCCCCUUCAUGCGGAAGCCCCGCCACUCCAGCCCCAGCCCGGCUCUGCCCCCUUCUGGGGACGGCGGUGUUGUUGGCGAGAGGAGCAAAGUGGGACUGGAGCCUUUGCUGAUGUGAAGCCGAUGGCCUGGCCGGAAUCCGGACUGGCAACAGCUCAGCACCACCCCCCCACUCUGGAAAGAAGCCUUGUCUGUGCUGGCAAAGGGAUGGAAGGCAGACACCCCCCCCCCUCCCCAGACCUUCCUUCUGCCUUGCCUCUUCGCCUCCCCCAGCCCGCUCCCUCCCCCUUCCAUUGUCUGACUGGGCAAUAAAGCCCUCCUUGGAGCUGAA